CUUUCUGGAGCUGCUGUGCCUACAGCUCCAUAGCCGCACCUGACACUUUCCAGAGCUGAUGGGGUUGGAGACUGAAGUGAGAGAGACCAGCAUUGGCCGAGAGGUGGCCCAGAGGUCAGCAUUGCAAACGAGCCAGGAACCAAUACAAUGACUACUUUAGAUGAUAAACUGCUUGGUGAGAAGCUCCAGUACUACUACAGCAGCAGUGAAGAUGAAGACAGUGAGAAAGAAGAUAAAGUCAGAGAGAGCACCAUUCCUGAGACGGUUGAUGGGGAGGUGGAGCUGAGUAGCGAUGGCACUGCAGUUAACACAGGUCCAAAGGGUGUCAUAAAUGAUUGGCGAAGAUUCAAACAACUGGAGACAGAGCAGCGAGAGGAGCAGUGUAGAGAGAUGGAACGACUUAUAAAAAAAUUAUCCAUGACCUGCAGAUCUCACAUGGAUGAAGAGGAGGAUAAACAGAAGCAGAAAGAACUUCAGGAAAAAAUCAAUGGAAAGAUGACUUUACAAGAAUAUAACAUGAUUCAUGAUGGCGAAGAUGAUGAAGAUUUUUUACAGCAAUACAGGAAACAGCGAAUGGAGGAGAUGAGGCAGCAGCUGCAUAGUGGGCAGCAGUUUAAGCAGGUUUUUGAGAUCAUCAGUGGGGAAGGGUUUUUGGACACAGUUGAUAAAGAACACAAGAACACGUUGAUCAUGAUCCACAUCUAUGAAGAUGACAUCCCUGGCUCUGAAUCUGUGAAUGGCUGCAUGAUCUGUCUUGCUGCUGAGUACCCAACAGUCAAAUUUUGUCGAGUAAAGAGUUCCCUGAUUGGUGCCAGCACUCGCUUUACUAAUAAUGCUCUACCUGCUUUGCUCAUCUAUAAGGGAGGGGAGCUAAUUGGCAACUUUGUCCGAAUCACCGACCAGCUUGGAGAAGAUUUUUUUGCCGUGGACCUGGAGGCUUUUUUACAGGAGUGUGGUCUGCUCCCAGAGAAGGAUCUGCUGCUGAUGACUUCCAUAUGUAACCCAUCUGCAUGUUAUAGUGAAGACAGUGAUUUGGAGAUAGACUGAAAUAAGUGAACGAAGGGUUCAGUAAGCUGGGGUUGCCCUGUGGGGUCUCUUGUUGCUGUAGAUUGUUCAUUUGUUCUUUUCUGUAUUUUUUGUAUAUUUUCCCCCUCCCUCCCAUGCACUUUGGCUUUUAGCCCAUUAGUACUUUGAGUCUUUAUUCUAUGUAAUGUAAAGAAUUCUUAACAUUUUGUUAAAUUACUUCAAUAAAAUGUAAACUAAAACUGUCUUG